GAUCAUUUAUUUGUCGAUGCUGAAACGAUGGAAGUUAAAGAAGCAUUGCUACAUUUGGAACGGACACUACUGAUUAAAGGAGUUUCAUGGAGCGAGCAGUAGCACUGGAACAUUUGUUGUCGAUGGAUACAAUAUCAAGUGGCGACUCCAGUUGGAAUUGUUGCCGUUUCGAUUUCCAUUAUCAGAUUUCGUUGUGUAUACGUAGAAAUGAAAAGAUUGAUUAUAUAAUGACUGUCAGCCUGCCAUGGAAUCCCCACGUGGGAAAUUCGAGAGCGAAUGAAUUGGAUAUUCUGUAUAUGGCCUCCUCAUUCGCUACCUGCUUUAUCUUUUCUUAUCCAUUUUUGCAUUGAUAGUUUGUCUUACAUUUGAAGAAUAAAAUUUUCUAGACACCUUCACUCUUAUCAAAGGUCUUGGUCAAUCGACUUUUCUUAGGAAAGGCAUGUAUAUUUAUAAACAUGGGUAACCUCUUCAAAAGUUUUUAUGUUUUACAAUAAAUUAUUUUUAUCAUGG